AAUGUUUGGUGCACAAGAGCUACAUUCAAGGCAACAAUCUUCCGAUGCAAACAACGCUGCUGUCACGUGUGUUUCACUCGCUGCUCAACGUUAUAUUCACAGCAUAUUUGAAUGUGUGUUGCUGAAUGCAGCCCAAGUACUUCCUGUGUGGAUCUGGACAACCUUGGAUCCGUGCACGAACGUAAACGAGCAAUUUAUCGGUUGUUUGUAAUGUAAUCACAACCCUGUUAAAAAGAGACAAUUUAAAGGUCCUAAAUUUAACCUAAAACACGAUCUGAAGCCGCCGGUGAUGUUUCCAUCAGGCUCGUUUUAUGACAAGAUGUUCAGACUCUGAACCAUCCAGAUCAACACUGAAAUGUCGCUGCCAAAAAUCACACUCCCUCCGGUGAGGCUGCUGAGCUCCGUCCACCAGCAGCUGCUUCUCCCCGCUAUCAGUCCUCUCACUGUGCCCAGAAGAGCCGUGACUCAGGGGGAAUACAGACGGCCCGGCCAGCCUAAAGAAUACAAGUUUCCAUGGCAGAAGAUUAACUUUGACUUCUCAAAGGGCUUGGAGGGGAUAAAGAAGCAUUUCACGCUGCUGAAAAAUGAGUUUUCUGACCGCUGGGUCGGUCCAGAGGGGAAACCAAUUCUUGAGCACAUGCUGGAGCAGAACCGAGUCAUAUGGGAGUUCAGAGGUGCAGAGAGCCUGGAGCAGUGGACGGUGUCCUCGGAUCGUGAGAUAGGAGGCCAAAGUGAAGUUUACUUGAAGCUUGGCAAAAACAAUAAUACCUGUUUUCUGUAUGGCACUCUGAGCUCUACCCCUCCAAGGGACGGAGAAACACGCUACAGUGGCUACUGCACCAUGCGCUCAAAGCAACCACUGGCUUCGUUUGAUAGAAAGAAGCAUCAUGAUUGGUCCAGUUUCAACACCCUGCAUAUGCGUGUGCGUGGUGAUGGCCGCCCGUGGAUGAUCAACGUUGCAGCAGAAACAUAUUUUUCUCACCAGAAAGACGACAUAUACAGUUAUUUCCUGUAUACCAGAGGAGGACCCUACUGGCAAGAUGUCAAGAUCCCUUUUUCAAAGUUCUUCAUCACACAUCGCGGAAGGAUACAAGAUGAUCAGCAUUGUCUCUGGCUAGAUAAGAUUAAUACCAUUGGAUUUACCUUGGGAGACAAAACAGAUGGUCCAUUCCAGCUGGAGAUUGACUUCAUUGGCGUCUGCAAAGACAAUGCACACACUGAGGAGUUUGCCUAUGAGAUGUACAAGAGGAAUCCUGAAGUUUGAGAGCUGCUGCAAUGCUACAGAUGGAACUGCUAAUUGAAUAAGAUUAUUAUACUGUUGCUGGUAACAAAUAAAUGCACCACCUUCUUGUGGCGGACAACCAAUUA